AUGGGCAAUAAACUGAGCUGCUCGUGUGCGCCGCUCAUGCGGAAGGCGUACCGCUAUGAAGACUCCCCGUGGCAAGCAUCCCGUCGGCGGGACGGCCACCUCCUGAGGUUGUGGGCCGAGGUGUUCCACGUGUCGGCCAGCGGGGCCGGCACGGUCAAGUGGCAGCAGGUGUCCGAGGACCUGGUGCCGGUCAACAUCACCUGCAUCCAGGACUCGCCCGAGUGCGUGUUCCACAUCACCGCGUACAACAGCCAGGUGGACAAGAUCCUUGACGUGCGGCUAGUGCAGCCCGGCACCCGCAUCGGGCAGGCCUCGGAGUGCUUCAUCUACUGGAAGGACCCGAUGACCAACGACACCUGGGGCCUGAACUUUACGUCACCGAUCGACGCCAAGCAGUUCCGGGAAUGCUGUUCGCCUUCUUUCAAAUUUUCACGAAAGGCCUCCUCAAGCUACUCACUUAAACUUGAUCCACCCGGGAAGGGCAAGGUGAAGACGAAAAGGAAACCGCUCAGCACCCCGGCCAGCCCGUCGCGGGCCCGCGAACCGCAGUGCACCUGUAUGACCGCCGAGCAGUACGCCCGGAUCCGGGCCCAGGACCCACGGUACCGGGGUUCUUCGACGCUACCGAGGGCCACGAACCGGGCCACGGAAACGGAGACGCUGCGCAGCGAGAAGAUUGCGACGGCCACCUCCAGCACCUCACUGUACGACAAUGUCGGAGCGAACACUACUCAGGGAAACGCGAUCAACAGUCAGGAUACGGGCCACCGGCAGACAAAGUCCCAGGAAACGAGCACGAUGACCAACGUCGGUACGGUCACCGCGGCGGCCGUCACCCAGAACCACGUGGGCUCCCAGAUCGGGCAGGACGAGUCGGGCGGUGGCCAGCGCCAGGAGGAGACGUCCAAGUCGGAGGGCACGCAGGCCGGUGGCACGCUGCAGCAACCGGAGCGCUCCACCAAAACCACCUCGACCGGAACAGGCACACGGACGAAGGACUUUGGCGAGGACAUGCCUCGCGAUCAGCAUGAGAUGCACCACAACAUGAUCAACAACAACAACAGCAACACGGCCAGGCGCAACAAGUCGAAGAGCACCGAGGACAUGAAUGUUGACACGUCGACCAUGAAGCGCAUGCUGAAGCCGAUGCCGAGCGCCGAAAGCCCGGUGACGUCACCGGAGAUGGGCCGGCGGCGCUACAACUACUACAACUCCGCCACCAACACGCCGCACACGCACCAGCACACCAUUCACAAUGCACAUAUGCUCAACAACAAUGGCACCAUUUCGCGCAACGCCAGCCAGAGCUCGCGCUUCUCCGGCUCAAGAUCAUCGCACGAAAUCGGCCGUGGGCACCAGCAUGGGGCCCGCGGGCUCUACCUGGAGCUGGAGCGCGAGCGCAGCUGUGUGGAGGGCUCCCCGCCAUCGGAUAAUGUGAUGUUCGACAAUCAGUGCUACGCCACGACGCCCAGCUCCAGCAACGGGAACUCGGACCAGGACCAGCCGCCGUACGGGCGGCAGAGUGGGCGACACUCGCGCCACCACCAGAAUCCUCCGAAUGUGACGCCGACUCCCGGGUCGCCCACGUCCCGGCUGCUGCUGGAGUACGAGAUGCACCUGCGCAACACGCUGGCGAAGGGCAUGGACGCGGAGUCGUACAGCCUGCACACGUUCGAGGCGCUCCUGUCGCAGAGCAUGGAGAACCUGGAGCUGGCGGAGAGCUUGCCCGGUUCGAACCAGCGCAGCCCGUACCCGAUACGCCGAUCCGGCGCUAAAUCGUCGACACUUCCGUUGCCACACCGGCUGGGCACCGAGCGGCCAGUGACGGUGCGGGAGCGGGACCGGGAUCGCGAUGGCUACUACAGUGACCGCAACGAGUUGAUCCGGGAGCGCGAACGUGACCGGGACCGCGAUCGGGGCUAUCUGAGUGACCACAACUCGAACUACUCCGCCACGACGCGGUGCGCCUCGUGCAUCGGAGAGUCGGCCCGCGCCCAGUGGUUCCGCCACUCGGACGGUUGGCGUUCCGGGAGCUCCAACUUCGGAUCCGGUUCCGGGCUGGGGCUCGUGUCCUCGCAGAGCACAGCCGGUGGACCGGGUGGCGGUGGCGGCGGCGGCGGUGGCCACAAGCGCUCGCCCUGGGACUCGCUACCGUCGUUGCGCCAGGACUCGAGCCUCAACGAUUCCGGCUACAAGAGCAACCGAGCCGAUUCCUUCGAGCAACGGGGCGUGUUCGAUCGGCAGGACAGCUUGCGGUCGGAUUACAUGAGCGACCGGGAACCGCGGUACGGAAUUGUGCAACAGGCGUCCAUCGACAGCACCGAUUCGCGGCUCUGCUACUUGACAUCGUCCGAGAUCUCCGACGAUGAUCGCAUGAGCCUGACGACGGCCGUAUCGGACGAGGACGACGGUGAAAGUGUGAUGGCCUCCCCGUACAAAGCGAAGGCCACCGGGACGGCGGCUGCCUCGUUCAACUGCACCGGCGCCGUCCGGAAGGCUGGAUUCCUGUCGGUGAAGAAGUGGCUGCUGCGCAAGAAGCACCAGAUCGAGCUGGCCCGCAAGCGCGGCUGGAAGGGCUACUGGGUGUGCCUGAAGGGGACGACGCUGCUGUUCUAUCCGUGCGAUUCGCGCGAGGGCCGCUCGGUCGAGGCCGCCCCGAAGCACCUGAUCAUCGUGGACGGGGCCAUCAUGCAGCCGAUCCCGGAGCACCCGAAGCGCGACUACAUCUUCUGCCUGAGCACGGCCUUCGGCGAUGCCUACCUCUUCCAGGCGCCGUGCCAGGUCGAGCUGGAGAACUGGGUCAACAGCAUCCACAGUGCGUGCGCGGCCGCGUUCGCCCGGCACCGCGGCAAAACCGGCACGCUGCACCUGCUGCAGGAGGAAAUCUUCCGGCUGGAGAAAGCCAUCGAAUCGGAUCACAAGCUGAAGCACAUGGCCGACCUGCAGCAGAGCGUCGUCACGGACGGGGACACGCGCCACCAGAUCCAGCAGCAGAUCCUGCAGUGGGAGGAGAACCUGGAGCGCCUGCACUGCGAGCAGUUCCGUCUGCGCUGCUACAUGGCCUCGCUGCAGAACGGUGAGCUGCCGAACCCGAAGUCACUCCUGACGCACGUGUCCCGGCCGACGAAGAACACGCUGAACAAGCUGGGCGUGUUUACGGUGUCCUCGUUCCACGCGUUCAUCUGUGCCCGGUCACCGUCGCUGCUGAACAACCUGCUGGCGGGGCGUGGGGCGACCAAGCGGCGGCCACCGAUCCUGUCGCGCUCGAACAGUGGCUCCAGCCGGCGCUCGAUGCAGAUCAACUCACGGGACGAGCCGGAGAAGAGCUACAAGGUCGCCCUGCCGGAGAACACCUGCGCGACGGUGUACCUGCGCGACGGCAUGUCCGUCGAGGAGUUCCUGGCCAGUGCCUGCAGCCGCAAGAACCUGAACCCGAUGGAGCACUUCGUGCGGGUGAAGAAGCGCCGCGAUAUGGAAGAUCACAAUUACUUUGUUCCUCACCGAAACGAUUUGAUUGAAACAUAUCUACACACCCACGAGGUGGUCGAAGUGUGCGCCAAAAUUUUAUAUCAAGUAGAACUACAACGAACGACGCUCGAGCAGAUGUGGGGCUUCUCGGUCGAGGCGGAGCUGAUCGAAAACGCCGACCGGCAGGACGAGCUGUGCUGCUACGUGAGCCGGGUCGAGGACAAGAGCGUUGCCAUGCAGAACGGUGUCAUUAAAGGUGAUGAAAUAAUUGUGAUAAACGGUGCAAUCGUUUCCGACCUGGACAUGAUGUACUUGGAAAGUGUGCUUCAGGAAGAGCAAGCCUUAUGCAUGAUGAUGAGAUCUUCCCGUACGGAGCCGCCGGACCUGGUCGGCAUCAUGCGCUCGACCGACGACAUCAUCGAGUCCCUCGUCUGUCCGCCGCCCCCCUCGGACCCGCCCGUCAUCAGCGAGGAGAUGAUCUCCGGCCUAAUCGUCCCGGCACCGGGCUGGCGCAAGGAGGUGUACUCGCCGGAAGUCGAGAGUUCACCGGCACCGUCGUCCAACGAUCCGCACCUGUCGGCGAUGGACCGCUCGAAACCGUCGUCACGCACGAGCAGCUUCGAGAUCGAGAACCUACUGAAGUCGGCCGAGCAGGUGACCGGGUUCUGCCGGUCGCCGCAGGAGACACGCAAGUCCAGCCCGACCGGCUCGGUCGCGUCGUCCGUCUCGAACGUGAUGCUGACCCCGUCUCGUCAGCUCACGGACGCUGAGAAGCUGCGCAAAGUGAUCCUGGAGCUGGUGGAAACGGAAAAGUCCUACGUCAAGCAUCUGAACAAUCUGCUCGAGUACUACCUGGAGCCGCUGAAGCGCGAAACGUUCCUGUCGAACGCCGAAAUAACGGCCCUGUUCGGGAACAUCCAGGAGAUUGUGACCUUCCAGCGGCAGUUUCUGAACAACCUCGAGGAGGCGCUCGACCUCGAGCCGGACUUUCACCAGCUGGAGCACCCCAGCCAGUUCAAGAACGUACUGUUUGCCAUCGGAUCGGCCUUCCUGUACUACGUCAAUCACUUCAAGCUGUACUCGUCGUUCUGUGCCAGCCACAGCAAGGCCCAGAAGGUGCUCCAUCCGAAUGAGGGUAACCAGGCGCUGCAGGAGUUCCUGGCCGCACGCAACCCGAAGCAACAGCAUAGCAGCACGCUCGAGUCGUUCCUAAUCAAACCGAUACAGCGCAUCCUCAAGUAUCCGCUGCUACUGCAGCAGCUGCGCAAUCUGACCGACCCGAACGCGGCCGAACAUCUGCACCUGGUCGAGGCGCUCAAGGGCAUGGAGAAGGUGGCGGAGCACAUCAACGAAAUGCAGCGCAUCCACGAGGAGUACGGGGCCAUCUUCGACCACCUGUUCCGGCAGCACCAGAAGUCGUGCAAGCAACCGAUCGACCUCAGCCCUGGGGAUCUGCUGUACUACGGUGGCGUCGAGUGGCUCAACAUCUCCGACUUUCUCGGCAAGAUCAAGAAGGGCCUCGAGCUGCACGCGAUGUGCUUCGUGUUCAAGUCGGCCGUCGUGUUCCUCUGCAAGGAGCGUUUGCGCCAGAAGAAGAAGCUGAUGGGCGUGUCGAGUAAGAACGCUACGAACGAGGUCGAAAUCAUCCGCUACCAGGUGCUGAUACCGGUCACCGAGGUACAGGUAAGGGCUUCCUCCGCCAAGGACAUGGACUCCCACUUCCUGUGGGAGCUGAUACACCUCAGGUCGCAACUACAACGAAGAUCGGAAAAAGUCUACGUACUCUCCAACAGUACCGCCGAGUUCCGCAACGCGUUCCUCAAGACAAUCCGGCAGAUCAUACGGGAAAGUGUCCGCAACAUGUCGAUACCGUCGCUGAAGAGCAUGGGCGGCAGCACCAACUCGAUGACGGGCGUCGGAAGUUCGUCCGGAAACUCGCAAACCCUCGAGCGGCCCAAGCAGCAGCCCCAGAUAAUGCCCGGUUCGCAGACGCUCGGCAAGCCGAAAAAGUCGAAGAUCAACCAGCGGCACUCGUCGGGCAACAUCGACUACGACAACACGACCUCCGGCAGCCAGGAAGCGGACGACCCGCCGGUCCCGCAGUACAGUGGCCAGUUCCGGAUGCGCAGCAAAACGGUCGGCGACGUCGGAGAGCAAGUGGCCGCCUGCCGGCGGAACAUGAGCGAGCGGGAGCGGGAGGAGAAACCGGAUCCGGGCACGAAGUCGGAGGGCGAGGACGACUCGCAGCAGGGCACGGUGAAGCCGAAAUCGUCGCUCGGCAAAACGCCCAACCAUCUGACGCUGAGCACCACCUCGACACUGUCCGUGGGCAGCACCGGCAGCCAGGCCCGCCUGAUCCAGUCGUCCCAUCCGCCGGCCACCUACCAUCCGGUGCUGAUGAAAGACCUAGGAUCCCCGGUGUGGAAGCCUAGAGACAUGAUUAGUUUAAGUGACGCCCCGUCAACAUCACGUAAAGACGAAAGUAAAUAA